AUGGCUGCCAUAAAUCAAAUUACUCUGAAGAGCCCGCUCAACGUUGUGGACACCCUGGUAAGAACUCUGUUUUACAACAUGGCAAGUGGCAUCACUUGGUUGCUGUGGAACAGAUUAGGGUCAUCAGCAGAGAGAAGAGCAGAGCUUUACCAGCACAGCCCAGAAUGGCUUACACGGGCAGAGAAAGGGGAUAAAUCCACAGCCAUCAAAGUAUCGAUCUACCCGGACCUCCUUGGUCUCACUUUUUUGGCCUCCCUGGACCCCUCCAGUGUCAAGACUUCAGCCUCCUUGGAACUUUUUAAAAUCCCCAUUUCAGAUUCUUUGGAUUUAUCCAGUCUGAGCUCUUCAUCCUCUGUGGACUUCUCCAGUCUCACUUCAUCUUCUCUGGACCUUUCAAGUCUCACAUCUUCAGCCUCCUCGGACUUCUCCAGUAGCUCCUCUUCAGUCUCCUUAGAGCUCUCCAGUCUCACUUCUUCAGACUCCUGGGAGCGCUCCAGUUUCACCUCUUCCAUCUCACUGGACCUAUCAAGUCUCACUUCAUCAGGCUCUCCGGAUCUCUCUGGCGACAGCUCUUCAAUCUCCUUAGACCUCUCAAGUCUCACCUCUGGACCCUCCUCAGAUUUCUCCAGUCCUACUUCUUCACCCUCUCUAGACCUCUCCAGUCUCGCUUCUUCACCUUCCCAAGAUGUCUCCAGUCACAGCUCCUCAGCUUCCCUGGACUUUUCCUGUACAAUCCCUCCACCCUCACUGGGUGUCUCAGAGCACACCUCCUCAACCUCUUCAGAAUCACUAGAUCUCACAGAUUUUAACUAUUUCAUGUUUCAGGGCUCCUCCGAAUUACCGUCAUCGACCUCUGAGGAUGUUUCUAAUCUCAUCGCUACGCCCUUUCUGGAUGUCUCCACUCUCACCUUUCGGGAGGCUUCCUCCCUCACUCCCUCAGUGUCUUUGGACAUUUCCAAUCUCACAGCUCUAGUUCCCCCAGACCUAUCCACACUCACCUUCCUGGAGGUUGCUAAUCGCACCGCCUCAGCUUCUCUUGAUCUCUGCAUCCAACCCUCUUAACACAGUCCUUCCUCUCACUCCAACAUCAUCUCUGUAUCUUUCUAAACUUCCCUCCCGUGUGCUCUUUUCUAACUUCUGUCUCUGAAAGUUCUUAUCUGAGGACAGUUCAGGGCUUUAAAAUAUAUCCUAGCCUCUGAACAGAACCGGGCAUGAAAACAGGUCAUUCAAAUCUAUAAUGGUGCCUUGUUAAAGCUGCAGAAACAUCAAUAUAUAUUCUGGAAUUUUUGUAGAGCACAAUUUCUGUCACUAAUCUGAUUUCCAUUCUGUCUCAGCAUGGUACCUCUCCCAAAGGGUCUGUCUUUUUUUUUAAUUCAUGCGAAAUUUUUAUCUAUCAAGAUCAAAUAGUAAAUAGAUCUAAAUGCGCAAAUAAUUGCAUCCAAGUUGCAUAUCUCCAUUACAGAUUUAAAUCUGAGUGCAUUGCAUGGAAUUACAGGCAGAGCCAUUUCAUGUGGCGGUACAGAGAGAAGUGUGGGGUAAAGGCAGCAGGGGAAAAGGGCAGAGAGGGGGCAGGGAGAGGAAGGGGAGAAGGUGUGGGGCAGGGACAGAGGCACGUGUAGCUGGAAGAACCAUGUCCAACUCUGCUAGCAUAAUUUUUUUCUGCCAAGCCAUAUUUGUGGCCUGGGCUGCCCAUGAGCCUUUAAAUAACCUUAUUGAUAAUUAUUUUACCUAUCAAAUCAUCAGAUGUUACCAUUAAAACAGCAUUUUUGUAACACAUCCCCCUUAUCAAUAUAUAUAAUUAGUGCAUUUACUCGUAUUGCACCAAAUACAUUGCUUCGGUAGCAGGGAGGAGCUUCCUUAAAUCUUUGGUGCUUUCUUGUAUCUUGUUGUUAUGGUUGUUAUAGUUGGGUUGUACAAAACAGAUGUGUUUUGUUCCAGUAUCAUCUACUGGCACCCCUUUUGUGUUAAACGCACAGUUUUUAAUUGAUUUAAUUUUACAAGUUGGAAAGCUUUGCUCCAAUAUGCAUGUCUGUCUCAAAAUUAGGUUCACACAAAAAAUAAA